AAAAGCGAACCCCCGAAAAGCCCACUGAUCCGAACCCCAUUCAUUACCUCGUGCGUAGGUGCUGGCCUGCACUGCACUCCUGCCAUUGAAGAAGUUUUGAGAGCAGUUAACCGGAGAGCUGACCUUUGAGAAGAUCUCGCUUCGCAUCAUGCGCACGUUAGCAGCCCAGCUCACUUCUUAUUUCUGUAGAAGAGAGCCUGGAUGGAAUGUGCAAUCUCGCAAUUUCUCAUCAUUAAAUGCAAAAGAUGAGCUCUCCAUUGAGCGGGAUGCUGAAAGAAAGAUAGGGUGGUUAUUGAAACUAAUCUUUGCUGGGACUGCGUCAGCUGUUGCUUAUCAGUUAUUUCCUUACUUGGGAGAAAAUUUGAUGCAACAGUCUGUGUCACUCUUGCACGUCAAGGAUCCGUUGUUUAAGAGAAUGGGUGCAUCUAGAAUAGCUCGGUUUGCAAUAGAUGAUGAAAGGAGGAUGAAAAUAGUAGAGAUUGGCGGGGCUAAAGAUCUCUUAAAUAUGUUGGGGGCUGCUAAAGACGACCGCACACGGAAGGAAGCAUUGAAGGCCCUUGUUGCACUCUCACACUCAGAUGAAGCUGCUAGAGCUUUGCACCAUGCUGGGGCAGUCUCAGUUAUUAGGUGUACCCCAGAUUCCUUCGAGGAUGCAGAGGCUGAGAAAUACAAGUCAAGCCUACUGAAGAGAUUCCAAGAUCUGAGAUAUGAUGUUUCAUCUUGAGAUGUAAUUAGGGUACCAGCCUUUAACUGAAGGCUUCAAACACAAUUGUUAAGUCAAAAAAGGACAUCUGUAUGUGCAUGGAUCUCUGUUUUGCGAGGAUAGGUUUUGGUUUUUUAUAUCGAUUUUGGUUUCAAUUCUUAUGUGAAAAGGCUGCUCUGAAUUUCUACAAAAAAAUAAAUCAGUUUGAUUUAUUAUUCUAA